GGAAGCGCACAGUCCCCGCUUUAUGAACCGCGCGCACCAACUUCCCGGACCGCGAGCAGCUCUCUCUUUGAGCCGCUGUCCCUCUCUCUUUCUCCGUAUACAUGAGUCGGUAGCCUGCUGUCUUUCGCGUAUAGAUGUAGGCGGUAACCGGAGCUCACAGUGGGAGACUCUGUUGUCGUCCUUUGCGUCAUGGAGGACUGCUGUUCCGCGGAGAGCGAGAGGAUGGAAGCGUGGCUGGACGACCACUUGGAGUUCACCCACUCCUACUUUAUCAGGAAGGCGUCAAGGGAGAUGGUGAAUGCCUGGUUCGCUGAGCGCGUCCACUCCAUGCAGCCAUCUGCCUCCAAAGAAAAUCCUCUACAGCAGCGGGCCCACCAGUCCUCCACGGACUACAGCUCCCCUUCUGCCUCCACCAUCCUCCCACCCACCCUCAGCUUCCUGGACAACUGCUGCCCUUCCCCGGCCACGGUCCCGAGCCCGGCCCCCGGCACCCCAACUCGCAAGAUCUCAGCAUCUGAGUUCGACCGCCCACUCAGACCCAUUGUGGUUAAAGACUCUGAGGGCUCUUUGACGUUUCUGAGCGACGCCGACCGUGAAACUGUCCCUCUCCGGGGCUCAGUGAUGGGUGAAGGUGGUGUCAGCGGGGCAGGUAGUGGCAGCGGGGUUGACUGCUGCGCCAGGCUGCUGGAGCUGGUGAAGGACGUGUCGAGUCAUCUGGAUGUGACAGCACUCUGCCACAAGAUCUUUCUCCACAUCAAUGAGCUAAUCGCCGCAGACCGCUACUCGCUGUUCCUGGUAGGCGAGGACAGCUCCAACAGGAAGUUCUUAGUCAGCCGUCUAUUUGACGUAGCCGAGGGAUCCACACUGGAGGAGUCCUCCAGUAGCUGCAUCAGGCUGGAGUGGAACAAGGGCAUUGUGGGACAUGUAGCCGCCACGGGACAGCCGCUCAAUAUCAAGAACGCGUACGAGGACCCCAGGUUUAAUGCUGAGGUGGACCUGAUCACAGGUUACAAAACCCAGAGUAUCCUUUGCCUUCCCAUCAAGAACCACAGAGAUGAGGUAGUUGGAGUGGCUCAGGCUAUCAAUAAAAAAUGUGGGGAGGACAGUGCCUUCAGUGAACAGGAUGAAAAGGACUUCUCAGCCUAUUUAGCCUUCUCAGGCAUCGUCCUGCACAACGCUCAGCUCUACGAGACAUCGCAACUCGAAAACAGACGCAAUCAGGUGCUAUUGGACCUGGCCAGUCUGAUCUUUGAGGAGCAACAGUGUCUGGAGGUCUUACUGAGGAAAAUCGCAGGAACCAUCCUGUCCUUCAUGCAGGCCCAGGCUUGUACCGUCUUCAUCGCUGAUGACGACUCCAUGAACUCCUUCUCCAGUGUCUUUUAUAUGGAAUACGAGGAGCUACGUGAAGUCCUCGAUGCCCCCAAAAGGGACUGUGAUGUCAGUCAGAUUAACUACAUGUAUGCCCAGUAUGUCAAAAACACCAUGCAUCCUCUCAACAUUGCAGACAUCACCAAGGACCAACGCUUCCCUUGGACACGGGAAAACCCACAUCACACCAGCAACCAGAUAAAGAGCUUGCUCUGCACUCCCAUCAGGAAUGGCAAGAAGGACAAAGUCAUAGGUGUAUGUCAGUUGGUGAACAAGAUGGAUGAAGCACCAGGCACUGUGAAGGCCUUCAACAGGAACGAUGAGCAGUUCCUGGAGGCAUUCGCCAUCUUCUGUGGUCUCGGCAUCCAGAACACACAGAUGUAUGAAACAGUGGAGAGAGCAAUGGCCAAGCAAGAGGUCACUCUGGAGGUCUUGUCGUAUCAUGCCUCUGCCGCAGAGGAAGAAUCGCGGGAACUCCAGGUAACCGCGGUAUCCACAGUGCCGUCAGCCCAGUCGUUGCAUCUUCUGGACUUCAGCUUCAGUGACUUUGACUUGUCAGACACCGAAACCACGCAGGCUACUAUUCGUAUGUUUGUCGACCUCAACCUGGUCCAAAACUUCCAGAUGAAGUACAUGAGUUUGUGCCAGUGGGUUCUGAGUGUGAAGAAGAACUACAGGAAGAAUGUGGCUUAUCACAACUGGAGACAUGCCUUCAACACUGCCCAGAGCAUGUUCACCCUCCUCAAGUCAGGACGCCUCCAGAAUAACCUGAGUGAUCUGGAGGUCUUGGCUCUGAUGAUUGCAACUCUGAGCCACGAUCUGGACCACAGAGGAGUCAACAACUCCUACAUACAGAGGAGCGACCACCCACUGGCCCAGCUCUACUGCCACUCCACCAUGGAGCAUCACCACUUCGACCAGUGCCUCAUGAUCCUCAACAGCUCUGUAGGUGCACUCACUCACGCAUGUACAGAGGAAUCCUGCCAGUCACCUACCUACCAACUGCCAAAAGAGAAAUGGUUUCAUACUUUGUCUAACAAGUGAUAGAUUUCAUCAGGUGAUGGAGACACCACACCUGUGUUUGUAUUUGCUCAGAGCCCCUCUUAUUGCAAACACAAAGACCCUAAGUAUUAGAGCCAGACAGGUAGAUUAGCCAUGCCGAUAUCAAAUAAUUGCAGACAUAUCAGUACAUAUGUCGGCCCACAAGUAAUAGCAGUCCAGAAAUGUCAAACUAGGUUUGAGGUCAUUCAGGAACAGUGUCACCAUUCGAUAGAUUGCCCACCAGAGAUCACUGGCAGGGUUAUUCUUCCACUGAAAAACUAUUUUCAGCAGAAAGUAGCUAAGUCUGUUCAAGAAGCCACUAGAUGACAUCACGCACUACUUUGCAUAUAUUACGUAACUAUCAACACAUGUACAAGAUUUUUGUAAAUAAAAGUUAAGAAAUACAGGAAAGUCAAGCUAAACCUAAUGGACUCUUACUAGCUUUAUCAUGAGCUAUUAUUAUGUUUUAAUGCUCAUCAGAUCAAUAUGUAUCCUAAUCUACCUCUCACCUCAAAACUGUGGAAGGAUGUAUUGAUUGGUCCAGCUUUAAUCAACAUUUGAUAUCUACACUGAACCAGGUGACUCUAUAAUGUGAAACAGGGAUCUCAAUGUGCCUAAAUCACAAAGAUGUAUUACUUUGCUCUUUAGCUUACGCUAGUGCAGGGGCAUUCAAUUAACACUCAAAGACACAAACACAAAAAUUUCCUCCCAGCAGACGUUCAAACCUCAUAAUGUAUAUUUGCAUCCUAUAGUUUACCCCUAAAUCUGUCAAACAAACUCAACUACAGUAUGUGCAUUUCCAUAUCAUUUCAACAACAUUUAUUGUCAAUUUUCAAAGUAGGAUCAUUUAAAAUAACUAUCUUUACCUUAAAUAAGAUUAGUCUUAGCACAAUGAAGACUUAGUUUGAUCAUCCCCCCUUGUUCUUUAUUCUUAUUUAGUUAUUUAUUUUAAACAUUUUAUCGAGCAUACUUCCUUUCUAGUAAGAGAAAUGGGACUGCGACUGCCCUGCUACUAGUUUGAAUCUUGGCUUGAGUGGAGUUAGAGCCAAUGUCAUACACAUCUGUAAGUGCUCAUUGUACUUGGUUUUGAUAAUGUUCAUAGUGUAGAAAGCUGACUCACAGUUGAUCCAGACAUGGUCAAGGUGUUGACAUUUGGUUUUAGGUUUGGAGUCUGAGACUCUUCAAACAACACAAGUACGAAAACCCUACUAUUCUCAGCUCACUUCAGAAAUAACUGCUGCUGCCUUAAAGGACCAGCUGUCUGAACUGCAGGUACAGUUACAUGUGAGUGUAGCAAAGGAAGAGCUGUCACUUUCAUCAUGGAUAUCCGUGUGGGAGCAGAAUGAAGGGAGGGAAAGAGGAGAGGGACCAAAAGCAUCAGGCAAAUCAUCUCUUCCCAAACGGAUUUUAUCUUCAUCACAGUUAUGCAAAACAUGACAUUAGUUGACCUUUCACUGCUGCAGCUGAUUCAGUAUGCAGCAGCUGAGCUCUUGGCAGGUGCUUUGAAGAGGCUCCAUCUCUCACAGUAGGUCUCUGAGCUGCUGUGGUCUUACAACAGCUACUAGUAGACAUUUAUGUUCCAGAUUCCAAUUGGUCAUCCCUUUUCUAUUGCAGAAGCAAAAAUCCAUUGCCAAUACCAGAAAAAAACAACAACAAAAAAUGGUAAUGUAAUAGCUUAUAGUGUGUAGUGUAAUAAUUAUUAUGUGUAUCCUCAUUUAAGCCCUUAAAGCGCUUGGGAACCUCUUGAAGCCAACUCAUCCUGGCCAAGCUGUCAGCCUUCUUGUAAGGAACUGAAACCAACUUUAAAUGGAACCUGAGGUUUUGUAUUCUUUGUUAACUCAGAUAUCUUUAAAGUAUCGCCCAAAAUAACCCAGCAGCAAGUAGUAUUGAAACUUCUCCAGUAAAAAGAUGCCCAUAAUCUAUCCCUUUUGGGCCAGAUCUAGAAAAAUUGACUAUUUACAUGUUAUUGUUGUGGUUUUUUUCCUGUUGAUGAGCCGCUUCUUUGACUUUACCUAACGGCUGGCUCAGUAACUGUUAUCUAUCUGACUCGUGGUGAGACACCACAGGAUCUCACUGUUAGGACCUCAGUAACGAACACCCACAGAACACAAGAGAGAUUGGAUUUUCUUCAGUUCACGCAGAUUUAUUUGUAUCACAAAGUAUACAAGUAAACCGAGCUGUCCGGAGUCAACUCUCUUCACAAUAGCAUUGUUCAUUACUUUAUACCUCCAUUCUACCCUAAGUCUCCCCCCCCCCCCCUUCGGAGAUGUCCUCCUCCUCUUCUGAACUUUCACCUAGACAAGUUACACUGUGCACCUCGGACAAGUCAUAACAGAGGGUUUUUUGAUUAACCACAGUCUCCUUCCACACUCGUCUUCUUCUGAUUUCACUUCUGGCCGCCCGUCACAGCGACCGGAUCCCGUUCUUGCCCUGCGUUAGAAAUCUUGGCCUACUUGUUUAUCUGCUUCAUCCCCCCUCUAUCUUCACCCGGGCUCCAAGGCCGCUAUCCGAGACUCUCUGUCUCAGUGUCGUGAACAAUGAUACAGGCCAAUAUCGCAGUAUGAAUGUGAAUAUACAUGGAUACAUUUCAAAGUAUGGAUAUGAUUGAUUUUACACAAAUAUAUUUCAAGACACAUACAUUUUUCCUCCCACAGUAUUGCUUGCAACCGCUACAACCUAUACAACCAGGAUUGUCUGCCUGCACACAUGGAAAU